AGCCUCCCUGUUGUCAGAGGACCGCUGCGGGCUGGGCAGCACAGCCCCCGCCUCUGCCUCUCCACGCGGACCCCGCAGAGGCGGUGGCAGCGGCGGCAGAGCCUCGCCCACUCCAAUCCCCACCCUCUCCAUCCUUAGCCGUUAAAGAACGGCAGCGCCUGGCACGUUCUUGGAGGACCCCGGGCGCUGACGAGGAAGGGAACAGGAGCAGGGGGUACUGGAAAGGCAGCAUGCGCCCGCCAGCCGCAACCUCGGCGCCCAGGGUGUGAGGCUGCAGCCCCAGUUCGCCAUUGUGAGCUGCCGCCCGGGGAGCCCGCUAGCGCAGCCGUCCCCCGGGGUCCCGGUCCACGCAGUGAUGGGGCACCUGCCCACGAGGACGCGCGGUGGCCACCGCCUCCUGCCUCUACUCUGGCUCUUUGUGCUGCUCAAGAAUGCUGCAACAUUUCAUGUGACUGUCCAAGAUGACAACAACAUCGUCGUCUCCUUGGAAGCUUCAGAUGUCAUCAGUCCAGCGUCUGUGUAUGUUGUGAAGAUAACUGGUGAAUCCAAAAAUUAUUUCUUCGAAUUUGAGGAAUUCAACAGUACUUUGCCUCCUCCUGUUAUCUUUAAGGCCAAUUAUCAUGGCCUUUAUUAUAUAAUCACUCUGGUAGUGGUAAAUGGAAAUGUGGUGACCAAGCCAUCCAGAUCCAUCACUGUGUUAACAAAACCUCUACCUGUAACCAGUGUUUCAAUAUAUGACUAUAAACCUUCUCCUGAAACAGGAGUCCUGUUUGAAAUUCAUUAUCCAGAAAAAUAUAACGUUUUCACAAGAGUAAACAUAAGCUACUGGGAAGGUAAAGACUUCCGGACGAUGCUGUAUAAAGAUUUCUUUAAGGGAAAAACAGUCUUUAAUCAUUGGCUUCCAGGAAUAUGUUACAGUAAUAUCACCUUUCAGCUGGUAUCUGAGGCAACUUUUAAUAAAAGCACCCUGGUGGAGUGUAGCGGUGUCAGUCAUGAACCCAAACAGCAUAGGACUGCACCUUAUCCACCUCAGAAUAUUUCUGUUCGUAUUGUGAACUUGAACAAAAACAACUGGGAAGAACAGAGUGGCAGUUUCCCAGAGGAAUCGUUACUGAGAUCACAAGAUACAAUAGGAAAAGAGAAACUCUUCCAUUUUACAGAAGAAACUUUUGAAAUUCCUUCUGGCAACAUUUCCUCUGGUUGGCCUGAUUUUAAUAGCAGUGGCGAUGGAACAACGUCUCAGCCUUAUUGGUGGGACAGUGCAUCUGCAACUUCUGAAAGUGAAGAUGAAUUUGUCAGUGUAGCUCCCAUGGAAUACGAACAUAACAAUACACUCAGCGAGACUGAGAAGUCAACGUCAGGCUCUUUCUCCUUUUCCCCUGUGCAAAUGAUAUUGAGCUGGUUACCACCAAAACCACCCACUGCCUUUGAUGGGUUCCAUAUUCAUAUUGAAAGAGAAGAGAACUUUACUGAACAUUUGACAAUGGACGAAGAAGCACAUGAAUUUGUUGCGGAACUGAAGGCGCCUGGGAAAUAUAAGUUAUCCGUGACAACCUUUAGUUCUUCAGGAUCUUGUGAAACUCGAAAAAGUCAGUCAGCAAAAUCACUCAGCUUUUAUAUCAGUCCUUCAGGAGAGUGGAUUGAAGAGUUGACUGAGAAGCCCCAGCACGUGAGCGUCCAUGUUUUAAGCUCCACCACUGCCUUGAUGUCCUGGACGUCUUCCCAAGAGAACUACAACAGCACCAUUGUGUCUGUGGUGUCACUGACCUGCCAGAAACAGAAGGAGAGCCAGAGGCUUGAAAAACAGUACUGCACUCAGGUGAACUCAAGCAAACCUAUUAUUGAAAAUCUGGUUCCUGGUGCCCAGUACCAGGUUGUGAUGUACCUAAGGAAAGGUCCUUUGAUUGGACCACCUUCAGAUCCUGUGACAUUUGCCAUUGUUCCCACUGGAAUAAAGGAUUUAACGCUCUAUCCCCUGGGUCCUACAGCAGUGGUUCUGAGCUGGACCAGACCUUACUUAGGAGUGUUCAGAAAAUAUGUGGUUGAAAUGUUUUAUUUCAACCCCACGACAAUGACAUCAGAGUGGACAACCUACUACGAAAUUGCAGCGACCGUCUCCCUAACUGCGUCCGUGAGAAUAGGCAAUCUGUUGCCAGCGUGGUACUACAACUUUCGGGUUACCAUGGUGACAUGGGGAGAUCCAGAAUUAAGCUGUUGUGACAGCUCCACCAUCAGCUUCAUAACAGCCCCCGUGGCUCCAGAAAUCACUUCUGUGGAAUAUUUCAACAGUCUGCUAUACAUCAGUUGGACAUACGGGGAUGACACAACUGACCUGUCCCAUUCUAGGAUGCUACACUGGAUGGUUGUCGCAGAAGGAAAGAAGAAAAUUAAAAAGAGUGUAACGCGCAAUGUCAUGACGGCGAUUCUCAGCUUGCCUCCAGGAGACAUCUACAAUCUCUCAGUAACUGCUUGUACUGAAAGAGGAACUAAUACCUCCACGCUCCGCCUUGUCAAGCUAGAACCAGCUCCUCCCAAGUCACUCUUUGCAGUGAACAAAACCCAGACUUCAGUGACUUUGCUGUGGGUGGAAGAGGGAGUAGCUGAUUUCUUCGAAGUUUUUUGUCAGCAAGUUGGCUCUAGUCGGGAAACCAAACUCCAGGAACCGAUUGCUGUUUCUUCGCACGUUGUGACCAUCUCCAGUCUCCUUCCUGCCACGGCCUACAACUGCAGUGUCACCAGCUUUAGCCACGACAGCCCUAGUGUUCCCACAUUCAUAGCUGUCUCAACAAUGGUUACAGAGAUGAAUCCCAAUGUGGUGGUGAUCUCCGUGCUGGCCCUCCUCAGCACACUUUUAAUCGGACUGCUGCUUGUUACUCUCAUUAUUCUCAGGAAAAAGCAUCUGCAGAUGGCUAGGGAAUGUGGAGCAGGUACGUUUGUCAAUUUUGCAUCCUUAGAGAGGGAUGGAAAGCUUCCAUACAACUGGCGUAGGAGUAUCUUUGCUUUCUUAACCCUGCUACCCUCAUGUCUUUGGACUGAUUAUCUUUUGGCAUUUUAUAUUAAUCCUUGGAGUAAAAACGGUUUAAAGAAGAGGAAACUGACUAACCCAGUUCAAUUGGAUGACUUUGAUGCCUACAUUAAGGAUAUGGCCAAAGACUCUGACUAUAAAUUCUCUCUUCAGUUUGAGGAAUUGAAAUUGAUUGGCCUGGACAUUCCACACUUUGCUGCAGAUCUUCCCCUGAAUCGAUGUAAAAACCGUUACACAAACAUCCUGCCAUAUGACUUUAGCCGUGUGAGAUUAGUCUCCACGAAUGAAGAGGAAGGGGCAGACUACAUCAAUGCCAACUACAUUCCUGGAUACAACUCACCUCAGGAGUAUAUCGCCACCCAGGGGCCGCUGCCUGAAACCAGGAAUGACUUCUGGAAGAUGGUCCUACAACAAAAAUCUCAGAUUAUUGUCAUGCUCACUCAGUGUAAUGAGAAAAGGAGGGUAAAAUGUGACCAUUACUGGCCAUUCACAGAAGAACCUAUAGCUUAUGGAGACAUCACCGUGGAGAUGAUCUCAGAGGAAGAGCAGGACGACUGGGCCUGUAGACACUUCCGGAUCAACUAUGCUGAUGAAACACAGGAUGUGAUGCAUUUUAACUACACAGCAUGGCCUGAUCACGGCGUGCCCACGGCGAACGCUGCAGAGAGCAUCCUGCAGUUUGUGCACAUGGUCCGACAGCAAGCUACAAAGAGCAAGGGCCCCAUGGUCAUCCAUUGCAGUGCUGGCGUGGGACGGACGGGGACAUUCAUUGCCCUGGACAGGCUCCUACAGCACAUCCGGGAUCAUGAGUUCGUUGACAUCUUAGGGCUGGUGUCAGAAAUGCGGUCCUACCGGAUGUCUAUGGUACAGACAGAGGAACAGUACAUUUUUAUUCAUCAUUGCGUGCAGCUGAUGUGGAUGAAGAAGAAGCAGCAGUUCUGCAUCAGUGACGUCAUCUAUGAGAAUGUCACCAAGUCCUAGUUCAGAUUCUGGAAGAGAGGGGACAGGAUGUGCACUCAUCCUCCCUUGCUUCCAGAUGUUGUGGGAGGGGGCUCUGCUAGUCAUUUUGUGGACUAGCCCUUCCUUUGUGGUAUGUGGCCAAGGAGAUAAUUUAUCUCAGAGAAGCACUGGGAAGACUUAGCCUUAAAGAGCCUGCAGUGUCUUUUGGACUCUUUUACUUCAGGACAUUUCAUAAUGGACCAAAUUCAACAGAACACCAGAAAGGUCAAGACGCUCUGCAAAGGGCAGGAAGUAGAGAACUUCCAAACAGUUGUUAGCCCUUUGUUGAUUGGGCUGAGUUUUUUUUGUUGUUGUUGUUGUUGUUGUCUUGUUGUUUUUAGUUUUUUAAGUGCAAUAAUUUUUGUAUGUGUGGGUGAUUUUAUCAGAAAGUUGAAUUGUCUUCUGCCCAUACUAUUGAUUAAUGCCACAGUCCAGAAAGGAACAGACAUUGUUUGCAUCAGAUUAUACCUCAUUAUUAAAAAGAGGCAUGGCCAAUGUGAAGAAAGGGUCAUUCUACUUCAAUUGAAUCAGCACUAUCUGUACUCAAACAUUAUUGGAUCAGGAGUGUGGAGGGUGGAUGGGGAAGACAGGGGCUCAACCCCCAGACCAACUGUGUUGUCUUAUUCCAAAUAUGAAAAGCUGUAAUUCAACUUCAAAGUAGACUAGAAAAAAAUUUGUCUUAAUUGUUCUAGUUCUUGAUGGUUUUCUUCCUUAUUAACAGUUGGAUGUUUCUUCCUUGGCCCUUUUGGACUAAUGUCACUUUCCAUGUUCUUUCUCAAGAAACCAGAUCUGGUUCAGAAGAGUUUCACAUUUGACGCCAUUGCUGUCUGAGCAAUCUUGGUGCCUAGACUUUGCAUUUCCUUUUUCUGUUGACCUGCACAUAUGUGAGAGCUAUUUCUUUGAGAAUUACAGGCUGUGAAUGCGCACUUUCUUUCCCACAACGAGCUGGGAAUUUAUGAAGUUAUAUGGCAAUGAACCGCAGCAUGCUAGAACAAUUAUUUGGCUACAUUUUCUUUUGUAAUAUUGUCAAGCGUCUCUAUGGAUUACCACAGAGAUUUCUCUUUGUUUCCUUUUUGGUUGUUGGUUUCAUUUUAACCUGUGUAACAAGUAACAUUUUGUUCUUGGGAUUUUGUAUAAUUGCAGUACAUGCUUGUGUAUUGUGACAUGAAUGCUGUCCAAAUGGACAUCGAUGGCAUCGUGAAGCCUGUUGCUUUGCGUCAUGUCCUGAGAAAGAAGAGGGGAUGGUGUGAACACACAAAGGAAAAGCACUGCGAGUUAAAAGUAAACACGAGCUGGCGGCUUCACUGUGGCAGGGAGGCUACUGCGAGUCUUCCUGCCUGUGCCUUCCCAGUGGCUUUGCCUCUCUGUGUAUCUGAUCACUGCUCCUUCUCCUGGCUUCCCUCUGUCCCGAUCAUCUUCCUGAAGCCAUGUAGAUAGGACCAGCUUAAUAUUUUAUCAGUAACCUUAGUGAUGGUGAAGGAUGCCAGAUGAACAGCACUGUACCCCACCAUCGCUUGUUACCGAGAAGGCCUGGCCACAGCCGACCUUGGCAAAGCUCCUUCCCAAAGGCUGGCCAGCAAGUCUGUGUUUCACCUUGCAGGGUGAAUGGCAGAGGACAUCCACACCCAGCAGGUGAACAGCUUGGGCUCCUCGGGAAUCGUCAAUUUCCACUCACCUCCCUUCCUCCACUUCUUGUGUCCCUGCUACCACCUUCUCUGCUCGCCCUCACUCCUUUAUUUCCCUUCUUGGACAUUUUAGUAGUACAUUAUGCCACCCUCAGGAACAAGUGUGGCGAACAAAAGGUGGUACACGUAUGUAUGACAUUCUUAGAUUUUUGUGCAUUGACAGUCAGGAGUGAAAUGCGCGACCUUGCAGGAGUCCAUGGCUAAGCGGAAAUACAUUUCCAACUCCGACACCCAGAAGCAUACCCAUGUUUUGUAGCCUGGAACAUUACUUCCCAUGAAACAAAGCACUUCAUAAAUAUUUCAUGUUUUUCUUGAGCACCCCUUCAAAGGAGGGAUCAAAUAGUACCAGAUCAAUUUUCCCAAAUGGAAAGAUGAAGUUUCCAGAGUUUGGCCUGAUGAGUAAGAAUUGAGACUAUAGGAAGGUCACAUCAUAGCCCUUUACCAGAUCAUUCCUUCAGGGGUCUCUGCAGUCAUCACUCUGUUUAUUCCAACACGGAUGCUCCUCAGUUGCCUCUGGUGGGAAAGACAUCGAUCUGUCAAAAGAUGUGAGCAUUAAUCCUGAAAAUGACCUUGGAAGUUGUCCUUGCUGAGUCUGAGUUAUUAAACUGUAGAAUGAGCUAAUAACAACUCCAUAUUUUGCAGGUAUGAAGAGUAUAAGAUAGGAGAAUUCACCCAAAGAGGUGUCUUAUCCUCUCAAAUGUCCUAACAUUACUCUAACCAGCUCUGUUUCUGCCCUAGGAACCAACUUCAAGCAAAUUCAGAAGGGAGGUUUCCAUAGCCUCUGUAUCAUUAAUUAAGAUUUUUAAAAAAUCACUUGAGUAGUGCUUUGCACCGAAUGAAUAUAGAGGCAUUAUUAUCACAUGCAAUUCAUAAUAGCUCAUGUGGUAGAUAGGAAGAGCUACAGACUUCAGAAUUACAAAAAAAUUGGCAGUGAAUGCUAUUGAGUUCAAAUUCCUCAUGUACAAAAAGACAAUUUAUGAAGUUAAUUGAGAAACUACCAUUAGUGUCUCGUUUAUAAACUUAACAGUUAACAUCAAUCUAUCCCCAUCACUAUAUGUGAUUUUAACUUGAAAAGAAAAAGUGACAGAUGAUAACAUUUUUGUGGACAGUAGUCUAAUUCAGAGUCUGCAAUUUCCCACUACAAUGAAAACAUUGCCUCCAAAAAUUAAAAUUAGAAAAGCUACCAGGAUUUUUUUUUUUUAAUGCCAGGUUUUAUAAUGUCUCUCCUUUCCUAAAAUCUGCCCCGGCCCCUCAAAAGGUAACAUAUUUCUCAAAGGAGGCAGUGGUAUCAAUGUGUAAACCAGGAGCCAGAGGCUUUGGAUCUGAAUUUUUUGCAGGCCACAUGAUAGCCACUUGUUGAAGGCUUGGCCCUUGCCCAAGGAAUUAAAGUAACUGAAUCCAGUCUCUAGGAGCCAAAAUUCUCCCUGCUUUCUAGCAAGGAGGCCUUCCUUUACACCUCAGGAAAUGUCUGAUGUAAUGUGCUUCAAAUAGCUGGCUUGAGUCCUGGUCCACAGAUCUGUAGUCUGGUACUUGGCACAGGGACAGAGGCCAGGAGCCAUGCCCAGGGCUGAAUGGAACAUUCACUUUGGCUGAGGGGUUAUAAAGCAACAAAAACAUCACAUGCACAAACUACAAACCUCUACCCCUGGUUUUUAACUACCCCAUUGGGGUCCAUUUGAAGGACAUUUCAGAUGUGACAUCUCUGAUCCCUGGCCUUCCUGAACAGUAAGAUUUCUGUGUUUACUUUUAGCUGACUGCUGAUCACAAGGCCUUUUCCUGGGUAAAGAUGGAGCAGAGUGUCUGGUCUUUAAGGAGGGACAUUAACAGACUGAAAGUCAUACAGGGCAGCGUCAUGGGAAGUGGAGGAAUGUGAAAAAGGAACAAAUCGUAGUAAGAAAUCCUUGGAAAACUGACACCAUGAAACCUGGAGUAAAGGAAGAGUUAUUCACUCAUUCAAUCCCUCACUCACCAAGUGUUUGUUUGUAUGAUCAUGUUGAAGGAAUUAAUCAAUCAAUGAAUGAGU